UAAAUCAACAUGAUGUUUUCCUUUUUUGUCUCAUUUUUUUUAUCUGUUUUUUCUUCUCUUUCUUGUUGUUGGUUUAAUGUUUCUCUUCUCAAAGAGUUGGAACACAUUCAACAAAUUGAAAUUCACUUGUGAUCCUUGAUUCAUAUUCAGAUUGAUUCUCAGUUUGUUUUGGUUUUUCAUUCUCUCUCUUUUUUUUUACUUUUUUCUCUUUUCGCUGUUUUUGGUGUUUUUUUUGGGUUUUAAUCAACUGAUUCUGAUUUUUUUCUGCUCCUUUCUGCUUCUUCACACUUUAAGAGUCAAUUAAUUGAUUUCAAUUGAAGAACUAACAUGUUUUUUUCCUUUCAUUAAGUGACUUUUUUCUCUCUUCAUGUAAUUUGAAAACUCUUUUCUUUUGAGUUUACAUGGUUACUCAUCUUUUUCUUCAUUAUUAUCUCGCCUCUUCUCUUACUCAUCUAAUCAACAAAAACAACAACAACAACAACCUUAUCAACAUAAUUCAUUUUUAACUUCACCUUCUUUUUAGAAUCUUCCACUUUGGUUUUUCUGUUUUAACUGUUUUUUCUCAACUCAACCAUUGGCAUGGUUUCUCCUUCCAUUCAACAUAAUCUCGUUUGCCAAACCUUUUCUCUAAUUGUUGAUUUCUGAUUCUCUGUUAAUUCUACUCGUGGUGGUGACUCUGUAUUCUCAAUGUUUCGUUACUUCCAUUGUUGCUUGAAGUGAAUGGUGCCUUGAUUUAUCUCUUUCUCUUUGUUUCUUCAUCUUAACUUGUAUCUUUUCCUGUUCAUCUCUUUUCCUUGCAUAACUUUCUCAUCGUUGAUUGUCUAGAUUUUUUUUUGUUCUCUGUUCUUUUUGUUUUGUUUCUUCUGGUGUCAAAAACUCUGAUGACAACAAUCUUGCUGCAUUGAAAUUGUGCAAAUACAUUUUGUUGCUUUUCUUUGUUUUCAUUUUUACAAUUUUCUCGUGAUCCUCGUGUGUUUAACUCCAUCAACAUCUCCCAAUUCGAACCAAUCAUGAUGAUGAUGUGUAAAAUGUUGAAAAAAUCAUUCACUGAUAAUGAACCUCAACCGGACGUUAUUUGUGGUAAAACCUGUUAUGAUUUACCUGUAAAAAAUAUUGAUCCAUUAUCAAGUCGAUUAGUUUCAGCCUACACUGGACCUGGACUUGGAUUAGUUUCUGUUGGUGCCGAUGCAAGAUCGAAAGCUUUUCAAGUUCCUCCUGAUCUUGCCAUCGAUGUCGCUUUCAUUGACGAUGAAGACGAAAAUGAAGAUGGCUAUCUAUCCUCAUCAACCAACAAUAACUCACCAGAGCCCGCCAUUACCACCACCAAGCAUAAUGACUCAUAUUAUUCAUCUAAAUUUGAUGGUUACAUGAAAAAGCGCGAACCUGUAAAGAAAAGGAACAAUAAAUUACCUUCUACCAAUGGAAUUUCAUCAAUUUCAUCAAUUCUAUCGAAAACAUCGUUGACCCCAAGAACCUUGGAAACUUCAUCUUCAGCCUUUAACUCAUCUUCCCUUCCCAAUUCAAUAUCAUCAUCAACAACGACAACAACAACAACAACAACACCUUCCAUCACCAGUUUACCUUUACUCGAAGAAGUUGCUGGUGUUUGUAAUUGGAGUUGUCCAACAGAAAACGCUUUCGGAAUGUCAGUCUCACUUUACGAACAACAUCCUACUACCAAUCAAAGAGCUGGAGAACCGAUUGCCGAUUCAUUUGGUAUCUGUGUUAGAGAAAAUUCUGCCAUACUUGCCCUGGCUGAUGGUGUUAAUUGGGGUGAAGGAGCUUGCAUAGCAUCUCGAAGUGCAAUCCAUGGUUCCAUUGAUUAUCUAAAUAAAGCUUUAUACCUUGAGGGUGGUGUCAAGGUGAACAAUACAAUGGACCUUUUCAUUUGUCUUUUACGAUCUUUCUCAGCUGCCCAUAGUAUGAUACUCCAAGAGAACGGAAAAUUAACCACCUUAACCGUUGCCGUUAUUGCUCAGCUUAAAAAUUCAGAUAAAUUUGCUGUCUGUUCGUGUAAUGUUGGUGAUAGUUUCGCCUAUGUGUACUCAAAGAAACAUGGUGUCCGAGAGAUUACCCAAGGUUCUCAUGAUAUUUAUUCAAUGAGAGAUAUGAGAUCAGCUUUGGGAGCUCUGGGCCCUGUUGAAGGUACAAACCCGGAAUUGAAUAAUCUAACCGUUGCCAUGACCAUCGUUGAUCAGGGUGACAUUGUCUUCCUUGCCAGUGAUGGGAUUUCAGAUAAUUUUGACCCAGUUGUGGGUAAAUUUGCUCUACCAAAGAAAACCGAUUCCACCACCACCACAGCAACGACAACGACAACAACAACUUCCAAUAAUAAUAAUAAAAGCCGUAAUAAUAGUGAUUCUAAUAAUAUAAAGAACUCAGAGAAACAUAACAAUAAGGCCAAUGGCUCGAGUGAUAACAAAACGCCUGAAAAAGUUGCCACCAAGAAUAAGAUUAACUCAAAAUUAUUCUGCUCCAGAAGUAACAGUGUUAAAUCAUCAUCUAAAUCAUCGUCAACAACAACAAAUUCAACUAAUCAUCGAACCUCUCGUCGUAAAAGUGAAGGAUUGAUCUCACGAAUAACGGAAGAUCUUAAAUUAUCUUCAUUAGAAAGUAAUAAUAAGUCUUCCACUAAGAAUGGUGGUCAUCAUCGUUAUCAUGUUUCUAAUGGUCACUCUAAGGAUUCUCAUAAUAAUAAUACCUCAACGUCAAAAAAGACAUCAAACAAUUUAAUUACCACAUCAAGUAAGGAUAAAAGUAACAUUAAGGAUAAUAACAAUGGUUCGAGUAACAAUAAUAAAGUAAAACGAAGCCAUUCAAUGAAUGACAAGUCGACCAAUUCAUUACCAAUUGUGACCGCUGUUCAAAGGCACGAAUUAAGCCUACUACGAAUGGAAGAUAUAAUUCGUAAUGGUUUUAGUCAACCGAUUAAACAAACAUGCACUACGGCUAAACAAUUGUGCGAAUUGUUAAUUGAAUGGGCAACCAAACUGACCACAGCUAAAAGACGAAUACUUGAAGAUCCUGAUCUUUAUGAUGAUCUCGAUACCAACUUUGAUCAUACUGAACAACGAGUUCGUCGACGGCAAGUUGGAAAUAAACUAUACAUGUUACCCGGUAAAUUGGAUCACGCGUCAAUUGUGGCCUGUAAAGUGGCCUUUUAUGGGGAUUAUGCUAAUAAACGUUAUCUUCCGGAUGGUGACUCAAACAAGUAUAAUCUCCGAUUGAAAGCAACUCUUGCAAAAAUUGAGAGUCAUGAAGAUUAAUGAUUUACCCUUACAAUUGACUACAAAUUUUUCAAAAAAAAGGGCACAACUCAAUCACUUGAGCGCUUUUAAUUGUCACCACGUUCAAUUCAUUAACUGUAAAAGUUAUGGUUUUAAAAACAUUGAUGUUUUAUUAUCUAUUAUUAUCACCAUAAAAUUAAUCAUCAUUGAACAUAACAAA